AUGGUGGAGACAAGGAAUAUACAUCCUAUGCUGAAAUUGGAGGCUGAUUUGGGAUUUGAAACCAGCAGUCACCCAAUUAGAGAUCACUUCGCCAAGGUCCCUGAAGCAAGAGCUUUUUUAUAAGAGAUUAGAUCAUAUCAAGUCACAAGAUGA